UUUAAACGGAUGCAUAUUCGGAUCGGAUUUUAAACGGAUCGGAUAUACAUUUACCAAAUCCGUAUCCGUUUAGUAAUCGGAUAUCCUUAAUCAGAUAUGGAUAAUAUCCAUUUAAAACGGAUGCGGAUAUUUUCUCUUUAAACGGAUACGGAUGCGAACGGUAAUCGGAUUUUCGGUUAUCCGUUUACAGCCCUAGUUGCGCUUUUACCCAAAAAGUAUUGGGCCAACAUAAAUGGUUAUUGAUGGAUUGAUAUCGAGCCCAAUCCAAUACCCCCUCGCCAAAAUUAGAAUUCGAAAAACUUCGGAGGACGAUGGUGCAAAAUAGAAGAGGAAUCUUCAUCCUCCUCUCCCACGGCGGCACGGCCAGAAUAUCGAUCGCCGCGUCCUUAGUUUUCCUCUCUCUACCUUCCUCGAUCGGCGAUGGCGUUUCUACAGCAGCAGCAGCAGCAUUUCCACCCUCCAGAUCCACAAUCCAGGGCUUUCAGAGAUUUUUAUAUCCUGGACGGUCAGAUUUCCCAGCCUGCGGCGUACUUUAACGGCUCCAAUCUUCCCGAUCAGUCUCAGCAUCCUCCUUAUGUUCCUCCUUUUCAAGUGGCUGGGUUGAUGCCUGGUACGGUGGAGGAAAGUGGGCUCGAUUUGCAGUGGAAUUAUGGGCUGGAACCGAACAAAAAGAGGCCUAAGGAGCAAGAUUUUCUGGAGAACAAUUCUCAGAUAUCAUCUAUAGACUUCUUGCGGCCUCGAUCGGUGUCUACUGGGCUUGGCUUGUCCCUUGACAACGGGAGAAAGGACUGUUCCUUUCUGGGACUUUCUGGAGACGACAUUGAACGCGAGCUGCAGAGACAAGAUGCUGAGAUUGAUAGGUUCAUCAAAGUUCAGGGUGAUCAGCUGAGGCAAGCUAUUCUAGAGAAGGCUCAGGCGAGCCAACUGUAUACCGUAUCCUACAUUGAAGAGAAGGUGAUUCAGAAGCUGCGUGAAAAAGAGGCCGAGAUUGAAAACAUAAACAAGAAAAACAUGGAGCUUGAGAUGCAAAUGGAACAGCUAGCUCUGGAGGCAAAUGCUUGGCAGCAGAGAGCCAGAUACAAUGAAAACCUGAUCAACACACUCAAAUACAACUUACAGCAAGUUUAUGCUCAACAGAGCAGAGACAGUAAAGAGGGGUGCGGCGACAGCGAGGUGGAUGACACCGCAUCUUGCUGCAAUGCUCGCGCAAUCGAUUUUCACCUGAUCAAAAGGGACUGCAAUGACAACGCGAAGAAGCAGAUGAUGGCUUGUAAGGUUUGUGGGGCCAACCCGGUGUGCAUGCUACUGCUGCCAUGUAAGCAUCUCUGCCUCUGUAAAGAAUGUGAGAGUAAGAACAGUGUUUGCCCUCUGUGUCAGUCCACUAAGUAUAUUGGGAUUGAGGUUAAUAUGUAACUGGACAAUGAGAAUGUGAUUUAAUGUGUAAUGUAUAUGUCCACUGCCCUUGUUGUUUGCCCUUGCAGUACCACUUUUUAUUGUAAUUGAGCUACCCAAAGUUGCAAUACUUUUCUUAUUGACUACUAAAACUUCAAUCUUGUUGGAUAGAACACUUGGCAUUGUGUGUUAUUAUGUUUGCAUUCAUAGUUGUCUGGUU